GGAAGGGACGAAGAAAAAGGGGAGGAAGAAGAGCAAAGCGGAGACGACCAACCAAAUCCUUGUCCCGUCCGUUCGGUCGCCGCGUCGAGGAGGCAGGGAGCUCGCGGCCUCGCACCACCGCCGCCACCCCGCCAUGACGAGCGCCUCCGAGCUCUUCACCGCCCGCCGCGCCCGCGCCGCCCGCCUCUCCGACCCCGAUCCGGACCCGGAUCCGCCUGCGGACGCGCUCCAUGACCCGCACGGCCUCGCCGAUCGCCGCGGCCGGCGCCGGGGCUGCCGCCCGCGCCGCCAGCUCGACGCCGCCGGGGACGUCCGCCAGCACCUGCACACCGGGGCCCCGCCCUCCCGCCGCCGCGCUUCGUACACCGAUCGUGUCUUAUCAUACAUAGACAAUAGCAACAUUGGGGACUCUGCAACUAGGAGGAACCGACUGGAUAGGCUGAUGUUCAGAACAAAUGAGCGGCUUCCUGGUGCUGUACUGCAAGCACAAGCACGUGUUCUAGAGAGACUGAGAGGCAUUUCUAUUGGUUCAUCUGUGUCAAGGCCAUCUAUCACAUUGGAUGAAUUUUCAGCUACUGAUGUGUUUAGAAUCAUUGACUUCGGGAACAGGGAUGCUCCAUAUGAAGCAAAUAGGUCCAGCUCAUCAUUGGCCCAUCCAAGUAGCGAGUCAGAUGAAGAAAGGUCACCCAUUGACACCAGUUCCUUAAAAAGAUCACGUGGGCUGAGCAAGGCGGCCUUCCUUCGGCUACAGAUAGAGAUUUUUGAGGCAAGCAAAGAUGACAACAGGGAGGCAUCACCAGAAUGCUCGAUUUGCCUUGAUGGAUUCUAUGACGGAGAUGAGCUCAUAAAGCUACGUUGUGGGCACAGGUUUCACUCGAAUUGCCUGGAGCCAUGGGUACGGAAAUGUGCUGAUUGCCCAUAUUGUCGAACAAACAUACAGUCACGAUCCUGACUACCUUAGUUCUGCAUUGGCAGUUUGGCACUCUCAUUAGAACUGUAAUUAACAGUAAGAUGUAUUGUUGUAAUUCAGUGUUAUGUGCAUGCCUGUUACCCGGAGUUGGUAUGACAUCACUCUAUUGAAUUUCAUUGUUGCCACUGGAGUUGUGCUGCAAAAGGAUUGAGAAUUGUGUGCAAUGACUGAUAGUAUAUGGUAGUACAUUUUUUUUCCUUUUUGUAAAUCCGAUGAGAAACUGACAUACAUAACCAAUGUUGUUUCGGUUGAUAUGAGUA